UCAGUGUUUGAUUGGUAGUAUAAUAGUUUAGCAUGCAAAAUAAAUAUAAUAAAAAUGUAUUGGUAACUCAUAUUUAGUAUCUUAAUAUAUUAUAUUUUAUUUAGGUAGUAGUGUGUGCGGGGUGUCUUGAAGAUGGUGGCCUAACUUUUGUCGUCUGAGACUGGCCAGCAGCCACUCCGAGGACAGGGCUGGAUUCGGAUGGCAGGAGAGCGGCCAUGGCAAGCGUAAACGGGGACACGACGGCUACCGCCCGGGUGCCCUCACCGCAGCCGCCAAUGCCCUGGUUUGGCAUGGACAUUGGAGGAACAUUAGUAAAGUUGGUGUAUUUCGAGCCUGCGGUUGAGGAUGGACCAGCAACAACUGAGACACUGGAACGCAUAAAGCACUACUUGAAGAAGAAUGCCGCCUAUGGUCAGUCAGGCAAGCGAGAUGUUCAUUUACAGAUGGAUGGUGUUGAGGUUGGCGGCAUCGAAGGCACACUGCACUUCAUUCGUUUCCCUACGAGUGAGAUGCCCCGUUUCUUGGAGCUUGCCAAAGCCAAGGGGAUCGCCAGUUUAGCCUCUACUGUGUGUGCCACAGGUGGUGGAGCUCACAAGUUUGAAAAUGACUUCCGCACUCAGGUAGGCCUUGGCCUGCACAAGUUCGAUGAGAUGGACUCUCUGAUUCGUGGUAUCCACUAUAUGGAAGCCCACAACAGUCGAGAGUGCUAUUACUACAGCAGCCCCAUGGAGCGAUGUGUCAAAAUGCCGUAUGACUUCAGCAAUCCAUACCCUUACCUUGUGGUAAACAUUGGCUCAGGGGUGAGCAUCCUAGCAGUACGAUCACCCACCGAGUAUCAUCGUGUAACUGGCACUAGUCUCGGUGGUGGCACUUUUCUUGGCCUCUGCUGUCUGCUGACUGGUUGUGAAACUUUUGAGGAGGCUAUUGAACUUGCCCAGAAAGGGGACAGCACUCAUGUUGACAAGCUUGUGCGUGAUAUCUAUGGUGGAGACUAUCCGAAGUUUGACCUACGUGCUGACACAGUGGCUAGCAGUUUUGGGAACAUGAACUGCAGGGCUCGGCGAGAAGCUGCUUCACGGGAGGACCUUGCCCGGGCAACACUGGUUACUAUCACCAACAACAUCGGCUCCAUUGCUCGCAUGUGUGCCAUCAACGAGGGCAUCUCACGUGUUGUCUUUGUGGGCAACUUCCUGCGGGUGAACCCCAUCUCAAUGCGCAUGUUGGCAUACGCCAUGCAGUUCUGGUCCAAAGGCACGCUUAAAGCUCUCUUCCUGGAGCAUGAGGGCUAUUUUGGUGCUGUUGGCUGCCUGCUGGAGCUGAUGAAGGCUUGCAGCUAGCCACACAUUCCAUGCUGCCAUGGUGCAGCACGUCCCUGUGAUAUAGGCAGCCCUUUGUCAAAAGCUGGCCUGGUUUGACAGCUGCCAGAUAGAAUCCACCGUGCUCCGGACACUACGCUGUCACCGAGAAGCUUGAAAUGCUGGUCGAGAGAACCUGUUUCCAUGUGAUCUUCACCAGCUCGUUGCACAGCACCCAUGGGCCAGCCACCUUGGGAUGGCAUUGGUGCUAUGCAGGCCUCGGAAAUGAAAAGAUGGUUUUUAUCUGUGCUUCAGGUUAUCACUGCAUGAGCUCCUUCAGGGAACAGUGCUUUUCGAGUCUCUGAAUCGGACAAGAGUUUUUGUAUGUGUUGGGAUGUUAUCGUGCAAAUCCCAAAUAGUAUUCCAAAAGGUGUUCUCUCUCCACUUAACAUUUGGGUGUGUGUUUUAAAGACGGCUUUAGGAAUGGACGUGUUGUCAAUUUCAUACUUUUAUAGUGUCAUCCUUUCUUUUUUUUUCACAAAUUUUAUGUAUCAAGACAAAUUGUUCAUUGCGGGAUUAGGCAGAACUUAUUGUGGCUAUUUUCUGUUAUGCUUACACUUUCUGCCUUUAUUCCCACAGGAGAGUGCAAACAAGUUGUUCUUAUUGAAAAAGAAAAAAAAAAAAACAGAGAGAACCAUUUUCAAUGACCCCACAAGUGCCAUGCUAUUACGGCAAUUGUGAAUGUUCGAUCAAAGAAUAAGACUAUUAAGUGUAUGUUCAAAAUAAAAAGAAAAAAAAACAGAACUGUGUCAUGUGUGAAAAAUAUCAAAAUAUGCUCAGUUUUAAUAGGGAGUAAUGUUUCAAAGCUAUCUAUUCUUGCCAUUGCUCACCUCAAACCUUGCAUUAUUUUUGUGUAAUUGUGCUCUGUCCAACUUUACUCACCAAGUAACUAGCACUGCAAAGCAUUUACCAUGCAAUAAAUUUACAGUGGCAUAAAUUGGGGAGAAAAUUUUAAUGGCACCAGUUCGUCCCUGCAUGCCUGUUUACAGUCUUACAUGCAUUACUCAAUGCCCUGCUGAGGCUGCUGAUAAGGCUGUACACAUAGUGAAACCCUCGUAAGUAAAUCUACCACACUACGAACCACAUGUUCGGGACAUACAUAGAUAGCUGCAGCAUGGGCAUUCCUUUCACUAGCUCAAAAUCUAUGGUGACGAGUACGUGCACAUUCUGUAUGUUUGCAAAGUGAUGUCCUCGUAACUGUCAUGCACAUGGCUGCUUUUCAUAGUGGCUCUCGAGCAGCUGUGUCUUGUGGAAGAGGCACUUCUGCCUCAAGUAAGAUCAACUGCAUGAGCUGCACAGUUUAUAGAUGCUUUGAACAACUUGACAAGCAUUUUCACUGUGUUCAUAAAUGCGUGGGGCAGUGUGACUUUGAAGGCGUACUGACAAAAUUUUGCCUUGUUUUUAUUGCUCUAUUUGGUAGCCAUCGAUCCAGUAACUGCGUUGUGAAGCGUUGAUUCCCCCAUUAUAGUUAUGUUGCUUUUUAGCACAGCCAGUUCAAGACAUGUGCCAAGAGCAGUGCGGCUUCAGAGGUGAAAAAAGUUGAUUCAUCACGUAGCCUAAACCUGUUGUGGCAGUCUUGUGGUAUCAGACAACACUGACACGUACAUAGACACUAUGGCCAUGCUGCUGAAUGCCGAGUCCAUUCAACACUCCACCAAAUGAGAAGAGAGCUUUUCCCCCCGAGUUUCCAAGGGAAGCAUGCAAUUGGACAGGUCAUUUUGGCAACUUUCAGCAACAUGGUCGUUGUGUGUCCUCAACCACCGCACAGGACAUGUUUAAGAUACAUGAAUGCUGCCAAUGCUUUCUUUUCAUCCUUUCAUCCUUGAGGACGCCUUUGAAUGCAAUUCCUUUACUGAUGUCUUACUGUGAUGGCUGUGGCACACUGUGGCUUGUGAAAUAUACAGCCCUUUUGACUUGUG